AUGACGGACACGAGGUGGUCAGAUGGCGAACGCGAGGGAGCGUACGCGGACUCGAAAAAGAAGACGCCGCAGGACAAGAUUGCGCACCAGUCGUUCGAGACGUGUCGCGAGGCGUGUGAGGUGAAUGAGCGAUGCCUCCAGUUCAGUUUCAAGGCCGGCCGCUGCCGUAUCGACUUUUCCAUGAAACUGGGCAAGCCGCAACCAACCAAGGAGGACACGAAACCGCAGGACCGCAUCUACUCGGGGUGGAUGGUGUCUAGGAUCACGAAAUGGGUCGAUGACCACCAAACUUGCAAGCUCACCUACUGGCCAACCCCUUAG